CUAAAAGACCUUAGGAGGAGCAUUUAAACAGAACACACAAGAUCACAAGAUGUACCAUAGAGCAAUCUUUUGGAUUGUUGAAGAGGAGAUUACAUGUGCUACACUCAGAAUUGAGGAUGGCUCCUGACAGGGUUUAAACGUUUAUGAAGGGGUGACUCUAAACAGAACCAAAAUGAUCUUUACAAUGAGAGGUAAAAUUAGCAUUUUUUCGAUUUUUAUCCUUGGUUUGACCACCUUCCUCAUGUACGCCUCAUACGAAGUGAAGUUUGGACAAGAAAUUAGCCAGCCCACUCACAACAACAGCAGAAUGGAUGAGAUCGUCUGUCGAAAGGUUGUUCCUCAAGCUACAGCCACAGAAAAACCCACAAAUAAUUCAUCGCCAAAACCUUUCGUUUAUCUCACUCAAACAGAACAAUGCCUUCCUUCAAACUUUGCCUCUUCUUCCGAGAUCGGCGACCCCGAGACAUGUAACUGUGAUGUCAUAGUGCUAAGCUUUCGUACCAAAUGUCAAGUGCAAAAGUCGCCUCACAUCACUUAUCUGUUCUAUCCCAAUAUUGGAUGGGGAACGGGACGAAAUGUGCUGUAUUUUGCUGCCAUAACGAGAUCUCCAAAAUACCAUUAUUACAUUUUUAUGGAUGAUGAUGUGAUUCUGCAUUUCCAUUCAAUUGCUCCUCCACAAAUGAAGAGGCUUCCGCCGUUUAGAGUCUUCGAACAAUGGCUCCUAGAUUACGAGCCAGCAGUUGGCAUUGUGAAUUACCAAUGGCAUCAUCGGGGCAUCUGGACCAAUGACCUACGAAAGAAAAUAUGUAACAAGAGGGACAGUCCCCUUGUGUUACCUAUACUAUGGUUCGAUGCUCUUUUCAAUGCAUUUCAUUACAAAUCUAUUGAGCAUCUCUUCCCUUAUCGUACGCAGUAUGAAAGCAAAACCUGGUGGUCAUCGCAAAUCUACAUGUUUUCUGCUGUGGAACUGAUAUUUCGAGGUCAGGCAUUGAUGUUUGCGCCUGUUACUGCGGGAAAUCCAAAACAUCGUCCAUAUCCAAGGUCUUUAGAGGACGAAAACACAAGGUGGAGAGAUUACAUCGAUACGAUUCGACAGGAAGCUCCUUUGAUUUACAGAAAUCAGACUUUAUUCGAAGAUUUUAGGCAGAAUCUUGAGGGUUAUGUCAACAACUCGACAACGUAUUGCAUGAAUGUAACACGGCAUCAACACAUUAAACCAUACGCUCAUUUUGAUUUUCAGACAGAGAUGUAGUUGAUGAGGUUAGUGAAGAGGUAAACUAUAAUUCAUCGAUUUUUCCUAUUCUUAUUUAUUGUAGACCCAAUCCGUGGAUGAAAUGCUAUACCCAUUCAAAUUAUAAGCUGCUUUGUUUGUUUAUAAACUUGUUGAACUGUGAGUCUCAACAAAGCGAUGUCCGUGAGGAGGAGUACGACUAAACUGCUGUCACAUUGGGAAUUAAACCAUUUUUUUACUUGUCGGUUGCACUCAGUUUAUUUACCGGAUAAGUAUUUCCUGAUCCAUAUUUUUAUUCAUUAUAUGUGUGUUAGUACUUUCACCAUAAUUGGGGAGUUUAACCGGCCUCAUUAAACUGUUCAGACCUCUAAAUUCAAAUUUUUAUUCUGACCGGAAUCAUCGCUCUCUGUUUGAACCCAAAGAUUUAGUAACCUCGCUUUCUCGAUUCGUAUUUUGGAUAAGUUUGAGAGCCUCGUUGAGGGCCAUCCGACAGGAAAAACUCGGUCUUUAACGAACAGAAGGACAGGUCUAUAUCUUCAUCAAUAUAAAUUGUGCAUCAAAUUAUCGCAACCAACCGCGUUUUGAGAUGCCAAAGGGUGAACAAACUUUUCCG